UUGAAUGAUGUAAUGGAAGGUUAUGCCCUAAGAAAGUUAGCCUGUGGAGCAUUAAAAUUGUCAGCAAAUGAUGAUCCACCCACCUCCUUUUCCGACAUAAAUGGCAUAGGUGGUGACUUUGAUAAAUGGGCCAGAAAAAAAGUAUACAGGGGAUACAUUCAUAUUCCCAGCUUUAACAUUAAGUGUGAUGCUAAAGGUAAACUUGUCACUGCUAAUCCCCGUAAUCCUGAUUACUGUAAUAAAGAAAAUCUGACCAAAAAUCCAGAACAAUGUAACGAUGCCGAGCACAAUCCUUAUGGGUAUACUAAAAUACCUAAUCUUCUUUCACGUAAUACAAUUACUUAUAAAUAUGAAUCGGCCGAUAUUUACACAGAGGACCCUACAUUCAUCGGGUUUCAAUCGAAACCUAAAACAUUCAAUAAUAAUGAUACUUGCUUAAAUAUUCUUGAUUUUAGAACUGUUCGGUUAUCACAUGAUGCACGAUAUAAACAGCAGUAUAUGACAAAAACGGAUGCGCUAUUUAUUUUUACUUAUAUUAAUAUGAAAGUUUGUUGUAAUCGUCAGGUUUCUGUUACUGUCUCUCACAGUGUCUUCCCUCAGACCCGUCUUUACAUCGAUGGAAAAAUGUUUAGUGAGCAAGAACAGACUGACCUUGGUCAGUUUAUCCUAUAUGGAGGCUGUCAGUCAGAUUCUUCUAAAUUAUCUAAAGAUG